AUGUCUUUACUUUCAUUCCAAUCUCCGACCAAUCCGGAAGGUUGGGAUGAUCUACAAGCCCUAGUAUCCGAAUCGAUAGAAUCAUCGGAGGCGAUUGUCUCUCCCCUAUCAUUGGAGACAAACAAUGCAAACUCACCUCCCACUGCGCGCACCUUAUUCAUUCGACACAAUUCAUCCAUUCCGCCGAAGAACCUUGAUCAGGAUUGGUAUAAGUCGUAUCCUGCACGGGCUCACGUCAGGAAGCUUGUAUCAUCUGAGGAUACAGAGCUAGACGUGGUGUGCAAAAUCAAGAGAGGACACGGGAUCGAGGAACUCCGUGACGAGUACGACUGCUACAUCAAACUACGAGACUUGCAGGGUCAGGAGAUUCCCAAGUGCUAUGGGUUGUUUCGGAGCUCUGGGAAUGCCCUUUCUCGAGACAGGGCCACUCGGCGAUCUACAUGGGCUUGUCUCGUACUUGCGUAUUGCGGGAAACGUCUUCCUAACAACCUCAUAUGCAUGCCCUGGGAAUUCAAGCUCGGAGUGAUUCAUCGUGAUCUCCGCACUCUUGGAAAUGUUAUUGUCUCCGACGACGGCAAACCAAUCAUUACCGAAGCGAUUCCUUUCCACAUUCACGUGCCCUUUGAUCAACCUUGCUAUGAGUUAGGCGAGGCUGCAGAGGCGACAUGGCUGUGGAAAGCAAGGUCAUUCAUGAGCAAACUUGGCAUUCCGAUUCCUGUCUGUGUCAUAGAGAAUGACGAGAUGACCUUGGAAGAGAAGAUAGUCAACAUCAUGGAGCUCUACACUCCCCAGGAGGUCCAUUCUCCUACUCCCAUUGAUUUCAGAAAGGCAGCAGAGAACGAAAUAAAGAGGUAUGAGUUGGCAAUGGAGAUGAGGCGCACAUGCCAGCUGCCUCCUGCCGGGUUCUGA